AUGGCUCGUCCACAUACCGCUCAUCCAUAUGUCACAGAGCUGUGCAAUGGGUCGUAUAUGUUGCUAGAGUCGCCCCAGCUCAUAAUAGGUAGAAAUAGUGACAAAAGUAAGCCCUGGGAAUUGGCCGACAAUAGGCUUCUCUUGCCCUACCAGGAGCUGAGCCGGGCACAUAUCGGAUUAUCAUAUGAUGGUCACAAUCUCGAAAUAACCAACCUUGGGCGCAACAGAAUUGUCAUUUUACUCCAAACUUGCGACAGCAAUGGUGGCAACGGUGAUAGUGAGGAAGCAUGUCCCAGAAAACAGCUGAUAAUGGAGCCCAAAAACUCUCUGGAAAGGGUGUGCUCUCCCUGCAUUCUUUCUAUUCAUCCACACUCGUUCAAAGAUCACUAUGGAACAUACUAUUAUGGAUGCCCUCUUUUUCCUCCUCUAUGCAUCGUUCCAAUAGGUGGUAUGGUCGCUCGUGCAUUUCAGAUGUUAGAAGAGAUUGAUACUUUGCUGUCCUCUUCGACUUUGCAAUCCAAUCAAUCUACUUAUCUAAAUAUUAUUUUCAAUCGGUACAGCCACUCAAAGUUGGUGCUAGCGGAAUUUGUCGAUUGCACGAAUCCGCAGAUUCUUGGGCCGUUGCUGGACGGAGCCAAGAAGUUGGUUGACUUAGAGCCAUAUUAUACUACCCUCAUCGAUAUAACUACUUGUCUCCACGAAGCAAGAAGUGUACACGGCCUUGAGCUCCCAAUAGACCUAGAUAUCUAUAAGUUCGAGAAGCCACCAUGCUUUCCAGAGCACCAGCAUGCAUAUGAAAAGGUGUGCCCGCAAGAGUGUCACACACCCAUAGAGUCUAUAGAUCAUGAGCAGCUCACCGAAUUUACAGACUUCUUUUUAACAGAUGUAACAAUUCUUUCCAUAAAUGCCAAUCUGCAAAGUCUAUUUGAGACUACCCUACAAUACACUACCCUACAAGCUCCCCCCAGUAUUGAUGUUCUUGAGUGGGCGAUCACUGGCUUGACACCUGUCCUAGAAGAUGGCCGGCUUUGCUGUCACCCGGACAUAGGUCGGUUAAAGUCCUAUUACAGCAGACACAAGUACCUUCUAAUAGUGUACGAAGGAACCGAAUCUUCAACUUGGGUAGACGCCAUUCUAGAACCUGAAGCAGAAAAGAAUGUAUUGUUUGCUCUGAUAAGGAGCUCACUAGGCACGGAAAAGCCGGUCUAUAUUAUGUCUAAGAAGCAGUUCUCUGGGUUUCUCUACUAUCAGAAUUCUGGGGAUAUAUCAUAUUUCCCCUUUCCACCCUCACGGGCCUACAGAUCCUCCUCUAGCACACCUCCCACUUUGGUAGCAGCAGCGACAGAAUCUACAACUAAGGCGAUUAGCUCCGAUGCUGAAGCAAGUAAGGAGCCGUGUCUCCGGCAAUCAACCUCUCCGAGCAUUCCACAAUGUGCAAAGGAAAAUGAAGAAGUAAUUGAUAUUUCUGACAGCGAAAGCUCACAGCCCAGCUCUGAGGCUAGGGAAGCAACACGUCCAUCUGCAUCACAACAACCACCCCAGCUUCUGGACUUGCCGAAUUUUAGUGAGCGCAGGGUAAUAAAGGUGGAUCUCCCCGUAAUGAGGAUUAUCAACGGGUACGGCGUUGUGGAUUGCGACGACAUUUCGAUGUCUGUCUGGCGUGCGCUUGUAGAUGCCCUUAAUAGCGACGGUCCAGGACCGUGCCUUGCUCUCCGGUUGCAUGAGGAUGACGCUGGGCAGGCGUAG